AUGAACCGAGCUCAACGAGCAAUAAUCGAAUACUUGUUAUAUCCCCUCCGCAACUGACACGCAUUUUCUUUCAACCGCUCUGUCUCCGUGCACAUAAAUCGUACCGUUUUUGCGCUGGAUCUGUCGUGGAAGAAGAUGUGCGUGGAGAGCGAUGGAUGCGAGAUCGAGGGGUGCAGUAGCUCGGAUGAGGUGCACACACUGUCUGGAAGCAUGAGUCCGACUCUUAAAUCCAGUCCAGACUUGCAUCCCUGCAGACCUGGGCAGAAAUUCCGUGCCGCAUUACUCCGAUGCCGGUCUCCGUUUGUUGCCGCCGGGAUUCUGAGUUUUGGAAAUGUGCUCAAUUACAUGGACAGAUACACCGUAGCAGGUGUACUCCUUGACAUACAGAAGCAUUUUAACAUUGGAGACAGUGGAGCUGGCUUGUUGCAAACAGUCUUCAUCUGCAGUUUCAUGGUGGCCGCACCCAUUUUCGGAUACCUGGGGGAUCGUUUCAACAGAAAGAUCAUUCUGAGCUGUGGAAUCUUCUUCUGGUCUUUCGUGACACUGCUCAGCUCCUUUAUUACCAAAGACUAUUAUUGGUUGCUAGUGCUGUCCAGAUGUCUGGUGGGUAUUGGAGAAUCAAGCUACUCCUCCAUCUCCCCUACCAUCAUUGGAGACCUGUUCACCAACAACAAAAGAACCAUGAUGCUUUCUGUCUUCUAUCUUGCCAUCCCACUGGGAAGUGGUCUGGGCUACAUCCUGGGAUCCAUUGCUAAAGAUGCUGGAGGGGACUGGAACUGGGCUCUGAGGGUUUCUCCAUUGUUGGGGUUGACUGCUGGUGCCCUCAUCCUCAUCUUUGUCCCUGAGCCAAAGAGAGGGAGCGCUGACCAACUCGCUGGACGUCUAAAGACACGCACUUCUUGGCUCUGUGACAUGAAAGCUCUUGCCAAAAACCGUAGUUAUGUGUUCUCCUCUCUGGCGUCGGCUGCUGUGUCAUUUGCUACGGGGGCAUUUGGGAUCUGGAUUCCGCAGUACCUGUUUAGAGCUCAAGUGGUGCAGCAGACUGCAGUGAGCUGCACCAAUCAGCCCUGUAGCAGCAAAGACAGUUUAAUAUUCGGGGCCAUCACCUGUGUGACGGGUCUGUUGGGUGUGGUAAUUGGCGCUGUAACAACACGACUCUUUCGGCAGAAGACUGAACGUGCUGAUCCUCUGGUGUGUGCAGUGAGCAUGCUUGGCUCUGCUAUCUUCAUCUGCCUCAUCUUCGUUGUGGCCAAGAAGAGCAUUGUGGGGGCAUAUAUCUGCAUUUUCAUUGGAGAGACCCUGCUGUUUUUGAACUGGGCCAUUACAGCGGACAUUUUAAUGUAUGUUGUCAUACCAACCAGAAGAGCCACUGCUGUCGCCUUUCAGGGCUUCACCUCACAUUUACUAGGUGAUGCCGGGAGCCCGUACCUCAUUGGCCUGAUAUCAGAUUCGCUGCAGGAGAGCUAUGCCACGUCAGUGUUAUGGCAGUUUCUGAGUCUGGGCUAUGCCCUCAUGCUCUGCCCCUUUGUCAUCGUUCUGGGAGGGAUGUUCUUCCUCGCCACUGCCCUUUUCUACCUAGAUGAUCGUGACAAAGCAGAGAAACAAGUGGAACAGCUUUCCCAGACACCAUCCACAGUAAAGGUCACCAAAUGAUUGCAACAUGAAGAGAAUAUUGAAUGAGAGAAGUGAAGGAGAGAAGCAGAAAGAAGAAAACUAGCAACUAACUCACUAUACGCACACGCAACAUACUCUGAUCACUGCUAUCAUCAGCAUCGUCAUCUCUGCUUUUUUCGUUCCUUUCUGUGAAGGCUAUUCUGAAUUCAAAUCGCGCCUUGCUUGCCACAGGAAACCUUUAAUCGCACCAAUCAGCUGACAAGAGGCAAUGCAAUGUACAAAGGUCAGCCAAUCAGCAGCUGGUGUGAAGCUAUUAAUGAUGUUUAUUAAGAAGGGUGAAAAGAGCCACAUGCACUCUUGAUGGGUGGUUAGAAGAGGGUGCAUUAGCGCUCUCAGUGCCAUACUACUGAUCACAGCACAGACAAAUGCUCCCGUCCUAUCACGUUGCCUGUCGAUCUGCACCAAGUGCCAUAGCAUCACAUUCCUAUUAGGGACCAGUACCGAUGAUGCUGACAGCCAACAGGGGCUCACCAAAAAGCCAAAUUUCCAAAAAUGUGUAAAUAUUGAACCGAAGGAAUCACUAACAACACACCUACCCAACAAAAACAAACUGUAUGGUGAGCCCUGCCUUAAGAACUCUGGCAGAAUCACAGGUCUGGUCCCUUGUCAUGUUUUCUUUCGUAAAGAUUUUUUUAUUUUAUUUUUUGCUUAUAUUUAAAUGUAUUUUCCUUUCUUUUUCUUAGCACUUACCAUUUGAAUGCAGUGCCAGUUACAUCAUGCUGCCAUGCAUGACACCUGAGGCUGUUGAAAUUUAUAAUAUUGUUUCUAUUCUUCUUUUAACUGUGUUUAUAUAAAUGAAACUGGAGGGACUCCUAAGGACAGCAUAAACUAUAGCUGAAAGGGACACUGGAUUGUAAAUAUGAUCUUUUUUCUAAUGUAGAAAAUACAUGUAAAUGCUUUCAUACUUUUUGUCAGCUGAUGAGGAAUUUCCGAACAGCUUGCCAGGAUAAACAGAACACAAGCACCUCACACAGUAUGCCCAAGAGAAGAGCAGAAAUACUGAAAGAAUUUUAAUAAGUGAACCAAGCCAAGGUUAUCGUUGCUUAUCAUGCAAACUCUUUCUACAGUGCCGGGUUACCCACCCAGACAGACAAACCUUCUUUUAACUGGGGAUAAGAUGCACAAGCUCACUCUAUAAGAAUGAAAGUCUUUGUAUGCUGGGUUACUUUGGUUUUACAUAUCCCUUUACUGGAGAAGGAGAGAGGGAAAAGGAUGAUAAUGUAUCGAAGCCAAGUUAAUUACCUACUGCAAUCCAUCCAUUUUCUAAAAGGGGGAAAAUUAAUUCUGAGGUUAAGUGAGGUCUGGAGGUUAAGCUUUUUUUUUUACAUUUAUUUUCUGGAAGAUUCAGACCACUUCAAAGCAGUUGUGGUCUGAACAGGGUGAAUCUUGUAACUUUUUGUGGAUUCUGUGAAUUGUUUUUAGAUUUCAUUUAGCUGAUUCAGAGUGAAAACAGGUAUUUGAAUAUGUUGCAUACACUAAGAAAAGCACUUUGCUUUUCAUUGAGUGAUCUUGAAUAUGAAGGAAUAAUAGAAAUUGCAGAAAAUGUUACUUAUCGCUGUUUUUGCCCUGUAUGGCUUUGCUUCAGAACAUAGUUUGUAAUAUAUGCAAUUUUAAAGCGGAUUUCAUUAUUAACAAAACAUGAAAGCUUUGACAGCGGCAAUAAUUUGUAUAUUCUCAUGUUUAGUCAAAUUUUCUCAGUGCACACCACUGUCACUUUUUUGCAACCUGUUGUUACCAAAUCUGUCUGUGUCUGGAGCCGUUCAAGUAUAAAUCUGUUCUCAUAGGGACUUUUCCCAUCUUGAAAAAAAAGCACCUUGCCUAUGUAUUGAAGUGUUGAUUGAGGGGGAAAAGCUAAGGCAUAGUCUGCAUUUUGAAGGUCUGACUUACCAUAUGAUGUGAAAUAACCGUCCCUAUUCGCCAAUCAUAUCCUCUAAGUUUUCAUCAUGCCAGGUGAAAAGUCUGAAUGUGAUUCUGUCCAAUCCAAUGUGUUUACACAUGAACAUUUAUCUUAAUGAAGCUUUUGUAUUAUUAUUCUUUUACAGGUGUCUUUUUCGUUCUUUUUACAAAUAUGAGUUUUAUAUAGAAACAGAACAAUAUAAAGAUGAACUAUAUUAUGCAGCAAUUUUAAUAUAUUGUAAACCAAUGGCUUUGAUGCAAUGUAUUUAUUAUGUUUGUUUUGUUUAUUUGCUACCCUUUCUGAUAAGAUGGUAUAAAGGGAAAAUAAUGUAACAGAUUUUAUGUACAGUUCAGUUUUAGUUUAUUUUUGUUUGAAAAUACCCAUGUAACCUGACCAGUGAAGAAUCUCUCCAUUGUUCAUCUCAGAGAACUGUGUGUUCAUAGUUCGAACAGACCAGAGCCAAUUAUUUUACUGGUUCAUACAUACACAUGCACUCACACACACAGAGGCACAGCAUGACUUACACUAUACAAAAUUACAUGUUUCAUAUCAACAUUUGUUGUUGAACACCAAUGAACUGAUAUUUUACCCAAUUUAUUUUGCACAAGUUACUGGGUGUGUGAAUAGUGUGCUAAUCAGGGGGUUUCUUUUACUGUCUAAUCCAAUAGUUUUACACUGGCAGUUUUGUAAGUGCUAGCAUUGAGGGACUAUUACCCAUUCACUGCCUGGCUACUAGCUUUUCAAAGUUUUAUGACAUGCUGGCAAUUAUUAAAUGAUUAUUGUUAAUUUGUUUUUGCAUUGAAAAUUGACACUCUCAGUGAUCUAGAUUAGAUGAACAUCUGACUAAUUGUUUGUAAUGCCAAGUCCAUUUUACCAACAAAAACAGAUGUUUGCAAGUAGUUUUAUGAGAUCAUUUUUACUACUGAAUUGUGAGAGUUGAGUAUUUCAGAAUGCACAUUUUCUUGUCAUACAAGAAUUCUGUAAAAAAUUAACCUAAUUCUGAUGUUAAGCAGAAAUUAAAAGGUGAUUUUAUUUUUUAGAGAAAGUAUGAUUAUAAAGAAGAAAAGUAUCUAGGAUGUUACUGUGAUGCUCCCACAGGGAUAUACACCCUAUAUGUAACUGAUCAAAAUAAAAUUAUUUAAU